GUGCGGCUGCAUGGGGUUCUAAGCAGACGAUGCCUGGUCCACCUUUACCCCCUCCAAAUGAUCCUCCGCCUGAUGGCGAUGUUGACAAUGGCAACAAUACCACGAAUUCAACGACGGCUACAACACAGCCGUCCAGCAGCACUUCUGCUGCCAAUGAUGAUGUGGCAGAGCGAACUACAUGGAUUGCAUCGCUGGGGAUCACCUUGACCGGGAAGACAGUAUCGGACAAGAGAGAGUGCUUCUUGCAGCAAUGCUUCAAAGGAAAUGUAGGUAAAGUGGAACAAGGAAUUCUGGAUGCCUUGGUGCCUACACCGCGUGGCACGAUGAAGCGGUCUUCAUUAGUUGCUGGGACCGAUGUCACACACCUGGUGAUGAAGCCUGAAGAGGAAAGUGAGAGCACCAAAGCACACAAGGAGAAUCCUGGUUGCGUAGCUGUGGCAGAGUGGCUGGAGGGUGAUGGGGCAGAGGGCAAGCUCAUGCAGAGGGAACCCACGUGGACCACAGCGAGAGGAACCCGUUUGGGGAGCAUCUGUUGGCUUGAACACUUGCUUCAAUCCAACCGUGAGCGCCUUUAUGUGCAAGUUGUUGAUGCUGUUCUUCAGCGCGUCUCAGCUUGCACUGCACUUGCUGAACCACGAGAGAACACCAACCUAGUCCCUUUUCGUAUCAUUCGCAUGGCCGGAGAUGGGCGCUGUGGUUGGCGUAGCCUACUGGCAGCGUUGGAUCCGGAUGCGCACGAGCUGGUGCCAAGGAAUGAUGCCCACUACCCACGCAACCACCUACAGCUUGAGCAAGAGAUCAAGGAUUCCCAGGAAUUUAGCAGCAGUGUAUGCGAUGAAGGGUCCAUCAUGUUUCCGAGCCUCGCUGAUGACAUUGCGAGGGUGCGGGCAGAUCCAUCGUUCUUAUUGACGGACUUGGUCUGGAUUGCAGACACAUUGAAGACAUCAGUCAGGUUGACGGUUGACGCAGAUAUCUACAGCACGCUGCGAGAGUGGUACCCCUGGCUGCGGCGCGACAUCAUGUUUGGAUGUCAAACUGCGCGUUCGUCAGCGCACCUCUACUUUUCGUGGAGUGCGGCUGCCGUUGAAGACCGUCGUUUUGGGCAUUACGACUUGCUGGUGCCAUGUUCAGAGCAAAAAUUCGACCUUAUGCUGAUUCCAGAUGAGAGAGUGCCAUCCAUGGGCUCUCUGCUACCCAUUGAUGAUGCAUCAGAACAUGCCAACACCAGUGGUGUCAGUGCAAGCCUUCAGGAUCGCCCCGCAGCAACUGAUGCAGAACCUGGCAAAAGCAAGGUUGACGAGGAUCGCCCCGCGGCGACUGAUGCAGAACCUGGCAAAAGCAAGGUUGACGAGGAUCGCCCCGCAGCAACUGAUGCAGAACCUGGCGAAAGCAAGGUUGACGAGGAUCGCCCCGCGGCGACUGAUGCAGAACCUGGCGAAAGCAAGGUUGACGAGGAUCGCCCCGCAGCAACUGAUGCAGAACCUGGCGAAAGCAAGGUUGACGAGGAUCGCCCCGCGGCGACUGAUGCAGAACCUGGCGAAAGCAAGGUUGACGAGGAUCGCCCCGCGGCGACUGAUGCAGAACCUGGCGAAAGCAAGGUUGACGAGGUGCAGGCCUCCAUUCGGCGUGGUGGGCCGUGGGCCACAGGAGGUUUGAGUGAAGAGAAGUAUCAAUCUCAGUUUGGCAAUAUUUUUCCUGAUCGCCCCGCGGCGACUGAUGCAGAACCUGGCAAAAGCAAGGUUGACGAGGAUCGCCCCGCGGCGACUGAUGCAGAACCUGGCAAAAGCAAGGUUGACGAGGUGCAGGCCUCUAUUCGGCGUGGCAGCUUUGCAUUUGAGUUAGUCCUUCUGUUGAUCAUCAUUUUGCUUGGCUCAACCUGCUGCCUGCUCAUGAAGAAGGACGGUGGACCGGGGACGUGCUCCUUCCAAAAGGCCAUCAAAGUUGCUGAUGCUGGAGUACAAUGCAAUCUUGAUCAAGGGCGGCAAUUUGAUUUCACACCACCACCGCCGACCACAAUUUAUGUUACCACUCAUGGUGGUCGGUGGCAUGAGAGUUGUCCUGUCACGAUCAGCAUGGCCAGUGAUUCACCUGACUCACAGCGCACGCUUGCUCUUGGUGAAGAGCCUCCGUCAACCCCGCCAAGAAAGCGCUGUGGGACUGCCCUGGAUGUGAACCAGUCGACUGUCAAAGUUGCCAAAGUCACCCACUUGUCGGUUGAGCCUGACAACACCAACCAGAAGACUAUCCCCAGUGAGGUUGCGAACAGUGAGGUUUUGAGCAAAAUGCGCCGGACCAUCAGGUUCAAACGUGGCCCAUUCGUCUCUUGGCCCAGAUCCUUGCAGAGCAAGAAGUCGCCUGGCAAGUUGAAGAAAUUGGUGACGAGCUUCUACCUCGAUUGGAUCGAAGAAAGGGAUUGGAAUUCUACAUUUUCCGUGCCUUCCUUGCACUUCAAGGAGAACGUCACGAGUGUGCUGUUAGUGAAAGGGUGGACAAGGACUUCCAUUCCAUCUGCCAAGGUGGAGAUUUGGGAGGAAGUGUUGGCAACGCUGACUGCUUCACUGUGCACGGCCACUGCUGCCCCAUGCCCCCCACCUGACGAGCAGGACAAAAGUGCGAACGACAAGAAGGCAGCGAAGAAGAAGAAGAAGCAUGUCAUUGUACCACCAGGUUAUGGCAUGAAAGUGGUGCAGAGCAAAGUCAACCUGUUUGACUCCAGCACUUGGAAAAGCUUGAGUGAUGGGGAAGUAUCCAGUAGACCUUUGCCGCCUCCACCAGCGCCAGCAAAGCUAGGUUUUCUUCAGGAGGCAGCAGCUGCCAAAGCUGAACUGCCGUCAGAGGUCUUGCAGGACACAUCUGAAGCGCCCAUGAAGGUCUUGCAGGACACAUCUGAAGCGCCCAUGAAGGUCUUGCAGGACACAUCUGAAGCGCCCAUGAAGGUCUUGCAGGACACAUCUGAAGCGCCCAUGAAGGACACUUGCUGGCCGUGGUGGGCGAUGCACCCUCGUCGUGUUGACCCAGUUGAGUCUCCAUAUGGGCGGGCUGCUAAGCUGGCUAAGCGGCCGGUCACCCCGGAGAGAAAUGAAAGUAAGACUCCCAAAGCAGCUCAAGCAGGUGGCAGCCAGAGCAGUGGCCAGCGCCAGAUGAGUCAACAGCAGCACCAUGGGAGCUGGAAGCAGAGCUUGAAGCAUGAUAGGCCCGAGGAAAAGAAGAAUUACCAGUCAGAGAGAAACCUACAGAAAGGGCUCAAGGGAAACUACCAGGACUUCCAUCCCUCAAAGGGCAUUCGUGAUUGGAGCUACCGUUGGGAACCAUGGUCAUACAACCGCCGCAGCCCAUCACAAUCGUCCCGGCCAUCACAACCGUCCCAGCUUAGUGGCGAUGACGGUUGGCAGGAAAAGGGCUUGGAAAAGCUCAGCUACCACCAACCAGGCGUGAAUCCCAUCCAAGUUGACAGCAGAUCACAAAGCCGCACUUCAGCUUGCGCCGUGGCCAGCCCCCCAGCAGCAGGACUGAUGGUUCAGGGACUUGGGCCACUGAUGCAGCCAGUCCGCAACCAGGAGACCACGCCGGAGGCGAGGAAUGAAGAGACAGAAGCAAAGCAGGAUCCACUUGCGACGGGUGCCACCGUUGCUGCGUGGGCAUCCAUGGCAGGUGCCAAGAAGAAUGAGGAGGGCAAGGCAUGCGGUCUUGUAGUGAAAGAGAAUUUUGCCCGAAGAUUUUUGGAGUCGGAGGAAGAACGGAAAGUCUACGAGAUCAGGUCCAAACCAAUCAAAUUUUUGAGCGAAGGGGACAAGAUUCUGUUGGUCAGUUCCCCCAGUGAAUUGGGCGGAAGGCGUCAGGUGACUGCCAUGCUGCAAUUCGAGGGCAACAUCAGAAUCAAAUGUAGCAGUUUCCAACGGUACUUUUCUUUACACAGGACGUCCACCGAUGAGUUCCAAUUCCUUUUGGAAAAUUGGUCUCCAGCAGAAGACUUAGAGUACGUAUGGGCCUGGCAUUUGGAGCUCGUUGAGAAAUUUGACCCUCCAAUCCCAGUGCGCAGUGACUCUUGUCACCCCGUGCGUUCCAAGAGCAAUUUGAGUUUGAAGCGGUCCACCACAUCGGAUAGCUUGACUGACUCCACAUCAGUGUGCACACUGCAGCCGGGUAAGAAGCCCAAACUGGAUACGGACACCGAGCCCACUGACAUGGUUGAAGUUCAGGAGGUUGAUUUUUCCGUGGCUCUGGCACAAAGGUGUCUAAGUCCUACAGACACUUGCAUCACCCUCAGUGAAUCGGAAUGGCAGGGCUGUCUCAAGGGUGGACGGUCUCUUCUGAGGCCGUACAAAGGUGUGGAAGGUAAGCUAGCCCUAGCGGCGCCAAUGAACGAUGGAUACUACCUGGUGGGGUCAGUGACAUUGACAAGGUGCAAUCAGGUAAAGAUGGCCCACCAAAACCAAAACUUAUUGAGGGUCUACAGUCAGCGCAUCAUAAAGGAUCUCAGAGCACGAUGCAAAACAUUGUGGACAUGGAGCUUUGGCGACUUCACUCCAUUUGCGGAAGCCAUCCACCUGCAGGUUCUGAGCUCAAUUGCUCGAAACAGACCGUUCAAGCUGAGCUCUUUGAAAAAGAGCGUCCCGGCUACAAACCACGAUUGCCCGUCCGACCUAUCUCUUGCAGAGGCAGCUGAAUAUUACUUUCAGCGCGGAGGGGCAUCAUUUCAAGAGAAGUUGAUGGAGCAGUUGCGCAAGUUGUCUGGCAAGACAUUGCGUGUGGGGACUACCUGCUCGGGAUGCGACAUCUGUGUCACAGUCUUGAGACAGACUGUGGAGCAUUUCAAUGCAACUCAGGUGCAGCACAUUUUUGCGGUGGAACUCGAGGAGGACAAACGGAGAUUGCUCCUCCUCCAACAUCCCGACGUCAAUCACCUAUUUGAGAAUGUUUCCGUGUUCGAGGAGGGCAGAGGGUGGUGCUUUGUCUGCAACCGAUACCAUGAGGUUAGCCGCAAGACUAUGGGAAUUGAUGUGCUGAUCUCAGGCCCCUCUUGCAAAGAUCUCAGCGGUCUGAAACAUGAUCGAGCCAGCUUCGCUGGCUGCUACGCCAUCGAGGUGUUGCAGCCCAUCUUUGCGGUGUAUGAGAACGUGCGGGGCGCCACGCUGAAAACCAAAGACAAGAAGACCAAGAAAGUCAAAGAUCCGCCCGUAGAGGUUUGGCAACUCUUGGACACACAGUACUACCUCCUACCUCAGAGACGCAAUCGUGUUUGGGGAUUGGCGUUUCUGAUCACUGGCAAGGAUGAUGUCAAAGCAAUGGAGGAGCAUUACAAAACCACCCUUGGCCGUCUUCAAGGCAAUUACCACUUCCCAGUGAACAAGGUGUUCCAGUUGGAAGCCCCACCGGUUGCCCCAAACAGCUCUCGCCUUGAGUCCUUGAUGGAGCUUGCCAAGCAAAAGCAUCCAUAUUCUGACAAUGUCUUCAUCGAUUGUUCCAGCUCGGUGGAAUGGCAAAUGAUGGGUGAUGGCGUCCUUCCGUGUUUGACGCCCAGUCAUGGUAUUUAUUCCACUCGCUUCCACCGUUUCUUGUUGCCUGAUGAGAUCUUGAACUGUCAAGGCCUUUUCCGAUCAUGCUUCAAUGAGGAAGCAUAUGCGGAGCUCACCACCCAAGCCCAGGACAUCGCUGGCAACUCUUUUUCCUCCACGGUGUGUCAAGCGGUUUUGAUGACGAUCUUCACUUGCACACCGGGAGCAUGGGAGGCUUUGGGUCAGCCAGCCACCGCUUCAAUGAACUUUGAGGGUGCAGCCAGCCAGGUUCAGGCAACAGCGGUGGUUCGUUACAGGCUGAAGCGCAAAACUCCACAGUCAGAUGUUGAGAAGCAAGGGAAGGUGGUCAAGAAGCCAAAAGGUAGCUACAGGGGCCGUUACAAACGGAAAGUGGCCAACGUGGACAGCAGGAAGACCAACAAACACGGAAAGUCUGCGGUGGCUUCAAUCUGGGAGAAGGAGCAAGUGAUGAAAGCCUAUGACAAAUUCAAAGCGGACCCUGCCGUCAAGUAUCCAGCCAAGAAAGUGGAAGAACUCAAGCUACGUGGCUAUUUCCGGUCGUGUAUGUACCGUUGGAAGAAGACACGUUCCACGGAGAAAUGGUCAUUUCUCUGCGAAGCAUGUCCCAAGGUUGCUAAAUCCUGCAAGGAACUGCCAGGUUUCCUCAGAAGGGUUCUGGGAAAGAAGGAGAAGUUUUCGACAAGGACCCCAAAGGGCUUGAGUCUCAACAAUGUGACUAGCGUGCUUCCGCCGGAGCUGGAGAAUGCGGUGACGGAUUCCAUAGCUGAGAGGAUUCAUCUGGGGGAAGAAGUGUGCUUUCGUUAUCCCGCUGACGUGCUGGAGAUUGCCAUAGACCAAUGGAAUCAUGCUGUCAAAGAACUUCGGCCGCGAGUGGAGGACCCUCAGACUCUACUCUCUAUGUUGGAAGCCCGCAUGGAACCUGAUGGUGGCAGUUUGGACCAGAAGGUUGAGGCGAUUCAGAAGGAUUUGCUGGACACCUUGGUUACUGUGCGGCUCAAGACCACUGAGGGAAAUUUGCUGAAAACAGCCGAGCGUGUUUGCCGGAGAGCUGGCCUCCUUUCGAGGGCCAACCCAAAACCAGGUAAACACCUGGAGUUUGAGCAUCCAGCAGUGCAAAAAAUCAUCACCUGGGUAGCUUACCAGAUCGAUUGCGGGAAAAUCAACGAACGCUUGGUUGCAAACUUCGACCAAACCUGGAGCCUGCUGUACAGGCCUUCCCGCCGAUGCCUGCAAACCAGGGCCAAAGUGGAUGAGUGGUCCACCAGUGUAUACAAAAGACGGGUUCGGCAUGUGCUGGAACGCAGCUUAGGCAUGGAGCUGACCGAGAGCUUUGGGCCCGAUGAAGAUCCACAUGCAGUGGUCCCAUCUGUGACUGGUGGGAAAGCGGCGCAAUGCCCUGUGGAGAGUUGGCGAACGCCGCGGACAUUAACAUCACUCUCGUGGAAUGAUGGCACUGUAGGCCGUGGUUUUGUUUCGGUCAGAGAAGAUUGUCUCACAGAGGCACAGCGCAUGGUAGCCAACCAGGUCUUCUUGACGGGAGCCUCCGGGUGUGAUGCUGAGGGAAACCAACUCCCCAGCAUCCCCGGAGGUUUGAAUGAUGCCCGUGCUCAGGUCAUCCGUUUUGACAUCGUUGCGGGGAGAUGCCUGUGCAUUGGAACCUUGCUGACACUGGUGGACACUUCAAGCGCUGACGUGAGCCUUGAGGAGGGUGAAAGCGAGCAACUGGAUGCUUUGCGCAAUGUUCCAAUGGAGGAAGAGAAGCUCAUGACAUGGGUAGUUCAAGACGGUGAAGACACGUCAACCAGACAGCCGUUGCCACCUUGGUUGUGCCGUCCCGUGGAGAAGCAUGUGACCUGGUGGGCUCAGGAAAACCAAAAGUGGCAGCAAAAAAUCGAUACGCGCGGUAAGGCUGGCAAAAUGCUGCCUCCUGCUGCGCAGCAGAAGUACGACCAUUUCGUGAAGGAGAAGUCUGCAGUCCACAUGCUGUUCUGCAGAAAGACAAGGAAGCAGGUCGUCAAAUUACAAUCCCACGCAGAGCUACGAAAAAGGGAGAAGGAUUUGUUUAGCAUCCAGAUCCUGAUGUCGGGUGAUUCAUCCAAGCUUGCACUGAAAGGUGCUAGCGGUGAAUCCAAACGUUUGGUUCUACUGCAGUGUGAAGCUGUUUCAGAGGAAUCAGUGCCAGAUGGUUUGGCAGGUGGUGUUGCAGAUGCAGCGGUUGCCGCGCUCGCAUCGGAUGACAUCGCCGAUGACCAGGAUGAUCAAGAUGAUGAGUGUGAAGAGCAGCAGGGGGUGCAUGAGAUUGAUGAAGCUGACUUGCAAGAGCAGGAGCACAUGGAGAUGGUGGAGGCUGAUGAGGCUAGUGACGCGGAGGAAAUUCUCUACUACAGCUCCGAAGAGGAAACCGUGAAGAAGUGCGCCACGCAUUUCAGCCGAGUCAAGACAUUCAAUCACCGUGAAGAAUGGAGAGCAUUAGAGGCGCGUGGGGGCACUGACAUCCCACCAGGUGCUUUGCUCGGAUACCAUGCCACGUCUCGCACGUGGCAGGGGUAUUGGGAAGGAAAAUCAAUAGGCCUGACUCGAACCCACGGAGGGCGAACCAACAGGACUGCUG